ACUGACACCCUGGCCCACUGACCCGCUCGCUGCCGCUCCCUCUCUCCCAGGCCACGCGUUCUUCCCUCUUCCAACUCCCCCCCAUCUCCCUCGCCGGCGGCGCCACGAUCUCCGGCUAGUGUUCCGGGACCCACACCGAACCCGUAGGCAGAGACGCCCUCGUCCGGCCGCCGGAGACCGCCAGAACCGGGGAGAUGGUGUUCGUGUGGCUCACCGCCUUCUUCCUCGUCGUCGCGCUCAUCGUGCUCGUUAUCUUCCAGCUAAUGUGCUUGGCGGAUCUGGAGUUCGAUUAUAUCAACCCAUUUGAUUCAUCUUCUCGGAUAAAUAAAGUGGUUAUGCCAGAAUUUGUAUUGCAAGCACUUCUGAGUGCAUUAUUCCUUUUAUCUGGGCAUUGGGCAAUGUUCUUGCUUUCUGCCCCAAUGGUGUACUAUAAUUAUACAUUGUACCAGCGACGGCAGCAUCUUGUAGAUGUGACGGAGAUAUUUAAUCAUCUUAGCCGGGAGAAGAAGCGCCGUCUUUUUAAAAUAGUUGGUCUCAUUGUCCUCCUAUUCUUGUCAUUGUUCUGGAUGAUUUGGAGUGUAUUGCUGGAGGAGGAUGAGUAGAAUGAGAAAAAAAAAACACUGGUAGCUCGCUCUGGUCUUGCGACCAUUAGUUAGGUAUUAACACGUGGUCCUCAUGGCAUACUGAACACACCAUGGUAUCAUUAUUGUUGAUAUCAGAAUCUUUUUGGAUAAACGUAGGUCAUAUGGAGAAAUGAAAGGCAAGCAUGGACCAAGAUGCCUAUGGAAGCAGUUUGUUGUUUCGGUUUAAUGGAAGCUCCUAUUGUUGUAGCGCAUGUAACAUGCAAGUUUAGGAGCUCUACUCCCACUAUUCGUUGGAUUGUGCAUCUGUUCAUGUGGGGCAGAAGAAUUGUUGCACUGAAUCACACAUGAGUUGUUUCUUCCCAAGAUUGAAUUGUGGAUGACGAGUUGCCUUUGUGGAACAUGAGCGAUGAAGUGUUGAUGUUGUCAGGAUCAAUUUUGUCUUUGUAUGAUAACUGUAGGCAUUUUAA